AUGAAAAGAACAUGUCCCUUAAUUAACGUCGUUGACGUUUCAACUUCCGUUGUGGUCAAAUCCACGUAUUUACUCUUACUCGUUUUUUGGCUUGAGCUCACAUUUAAUGCCUCCUAUUAUUACAAUCCAAAAAUCUGUAAACGAUUUGAAAGAAUCACCCGAAGAAUCUAUUGGGCAUUUAUUGGACUGUACUUCUUUGGAGCUAGCAUUGGAUUUUUAGCCUUUACAUUAUCACGAUCGAAUGUUUCCUACUUCUUGACAUCAAUUACCUUAAUUUUUGAUAUUUCCAUACCAAUACUGUUUAUUAUUUUCGGAGGUGUAUUAAGACGACUUGUCACACGGUCGACAGUUUCAUUUCCUGUUCUCAUUCAAAAACAUUUAAAACGAGUUUCCAUUAUUAGUAUCAUUUUAGGAUGUUAUUUGUUACUACUUCCAGUGGUGAGAAUAACUGUUCUCAUUUUGAAGAAUUUUGUUUAUGCUGAAAGCGGAUACAAUGCAACCUCUUCAAUUGUUGAAGUGACCAUUUCUAUCUUGUUUUAUUUCAUACCCUCUGUGGUGACUUUUGGUAUUGUGAUUGUUCCAACAAGCAUUAGUUUUAUUCAUAAUGCCAUUUCUGAUAGGAACGUUAGGGCUGAAGCUUAUAAAACCAAAUGGAAAGAAUUCGAGAAAGAUGGAGAACAAUUUUCGAACGGUUCUUCAUCCAUGUUUGAUCAUGCCCUAUUUGUUGGUGAAACAGAAGACAAUGUUCAUUUGCAACCCACGUCAAGUGUUUAUAGAGAGAUUUCACUUGAGUCAAAUCUUCCUCAAAGAUGA